CGUCACAUAGCUUGAGAUCGCACUGAUACUUGCAUUGCACAACCCCAUGUCUGUCAUCGUGACCGCGCUUCUCCUCGGCUGGUAAUCGGUCCUCAGAGCUAUCUCCAGCACCGAACCGUGCAGUAGACGCUCCAUCGCCGGAACCCCCUCAAUCCAACCAUUUCUUGACGUCAGACUUAUAACACUUCCAAACAUGUCAACAAAACCAGGUCCAAGCAAGGCAUCUCGCCGAGCAUCAUUGCCUCGUGCCUCCAGCAGCAGCGUACUGGCCUCUACAGACAAGAGAGCUCCGCGAGUGCAAUCGGUCUUGGUCAAACAUGGCAAAUAUGUCGCUGCCGGGUUCGCCGGAUGUUGGUGGUUCAACAUGCGAGCUGCUAUAGAAUCUGUCUACAGAGGCGAGGGCGGCUGGAUAAGAAAAACGUUGAUUCUCGCUCUCGGAUCCCAUGCCUUUGUUAUUAUCAUAUUCCUCUACCUCGUCCUCUUCUUGCCAUACUUCCGUGGCUAUAUCCCACAUUAUCCAGAAUGGCAGAAAUCUGCCCGACUCCGUGUGAUCGUUCCGGUUCUGACCGCAUCCAUCCUGUCGAGUUGGACGUCUUAUGUCGUAGCGCUCUCCCAAGCGGGUAAAAGAUCAGCUCUAGAAGCUGUCAAGGACGCCCUCUCAGCGACUGCUCAAGCCGAUCUGUCUAAAGCUUCGGGACAUAAAGGUCCAGGCCUGUUCAGCGCCAUGGCAGGAGCUACCGCUCUCUACUCCCUGACGUUUGGUCUCCUUGGCUUCAUACGCGCACCGAAGAACACGCCGGUGAGGAAACGCGAAUGACUGGGGAAUAUCAUGUCUGCGUCGCACAUUGUGCAUGGCUUUGAAGCAUUGUCUUGGACUCUUAUCAUAUCUUAUAGUCGGCCUCGAUGAUCAAUUACAUGUAACGAUGCACAUUGCACAGCUACGCCGUCGCCGCAGAGCUCGACGCAGUCCCUCAUUCGUUCGGUCAGCGCGUUCCGUGAACUGUGUAUAAUUCGGCAAAGGGAUCCGUUUCCAAUUUCUAUC